GCGCAGAAAGGCUGCUUGUACAGCAAAUGGGCACAGCUAUCGUGGUAUGGGGUUCAUUUGGAUUCCGAAAGACUGAAGAAACGAAGCCAGAAACCCUAGGAAAUGAAUUCGAUGAGGAGUAUCUUCUCUCUCCCCAGCGUUGCGCUGAGAUCACCGAGCUUCGAGCUUCAACAAUGGCGGGGGAUCAGGGUGAAGGUUCGGUACGGAAACCUAGAACAGGCGUUGACGUUCAUGCAGAGGAAGAUGCAGUCGAGCGGGAUCGAACGGAUGAUAAAGCACGAGCAGACUCACCACAUCAAGAAUUCGGAGAAGCGCGUCUUGGCCCGUAAGAACCUCGAGCGAAAGAUCAGGUCUCAGGAGCUUGCGAGGAAGCUCAAGUCUAUACUCAUUAAGAAAGUCAGGGGUCUAUGAGAGCAGAUAUGAAAGCAGUGAUUUUGUUGAUUGGCUUCUUACAAAAGGGACUCUCUAUAUGGCUUCUGAUUCACUAGUCAUUUAUUAUUCCCCCAUCAAUCCCUACUUUCUGGACUUUAGAAACAAAGCAAUUGAGUUGGUUUCUUCUGUAUGAAGCAUUUUAGACAUUUGGUCAUUCACAAGAUGGAGUUGUUCACAUUUAUCUGCCACAUUCACCUGAUUGGUAAUUCGCUUUCCGUAUAUGCCUAUAAAUUCUUUUCUGUCCCCAGAAGCAUUGUGUAAUCGAUGUGUAAGAUUUUUGCAAAUAGGCCUGAGCUUUUUGUCUCAUCGAAAUGGGAUUAUUUGAUUAUAACCUUGAA